AUGGCGCAACAACUGCAGCCAGCAUGGCCUGCACAAAGACCUCAAUACCAUGAUACGAUCCUCACCAUCACGAGCAGCAGCUGUGCGGAUCCGUAUGUACUCUGGGACAAAGGCACGUACUACAUGACCUUUACCUGCGGCGGCCACAUCGAGAUCUGGUCCGCGGACUCACUCUUCGACUUUGAGAAGAAGUGCAAGAAGAACGUAAUCUGGCGUCCUCCGCCAGACCAGCCCUACUCCGCCGACCUGUGGGCACCUGAACUGCAUUCCAUCCAUGGUCGCUGGUAUGUCUACUUCGCGGCCGACGACCCUAAGCAUGGCAACAAGUCGCAUCGCAUGUUUGUGCUAGCAGGACCACCCUCAGAAGAAGACCCUCUGGAGCCAAGUAAAUGGAAUUUCUUCGGCCGACUAGGCGGUCUGCCCGAAGAGCAAUGGGCAAUCGACGGUACAGUCGUCACACUAGGCGGCUCCAUGCUCUUCGUCUACUCAGGCUGGCCCCUCGGUACGCACGCUGACGAGUCGCGUCAAGAAAUCUUCAUCAUCGAAAUGGUCUCGCCGACAGAAUGUACAGGCCACCCCAUUCGCAUCAGCACGCCAGACCUACAAUUCGAGUUCUCAGGCACCAGCGGCAUAAACGAGGGCCCGCAGUUCCUCUGCUCGCCGGACGGCCGUUGGAUGGGUCUUGUGUACAGUUGCGCGGGAAGCUGGACACACGAAUACAAAAUGAACAUUCUGUACUACACCGGUGGCCACCCGCUUGAUCCGCACUCCUGGGCUAAAUCUAACAAACCCCUUCUCAAAGCCGCUCGCGAUGACUCUCCGCCUUAUGGUCCAGGACACGGCAACUUCGUUCUCGUCAACGGGCCCGGCGGCCCAGAGGUCUGGGGCUGCUUCCACGCCACGGAUGCGAAGACUGGAUGGGAAGGUCGUAAAGCCCGCAUUAUGCGCGUGGGAUGGGGUCAAGGAGGUCCGUUUAUGGGCUCGGGUGAGUGUGGCAGAUGUUGCGGCGAGGUUGAGCAUUUCAUCCAAGGUUGUCCUGGUGGUACUUGUGGUGGUCAGGGCCAUUGUGGUGGGGAGGGCGGUGCAGGUGGGGGAUUCAUGCAGCCGGGACAUCAGGGCGGCAACUCGACGGAUGAUAUCAAGAGGGAGGUUAAGAAUUUGAUCAAGGGUGGGAAGGGGCUUGUCAGUAAGUUUCUCAAGUAG